UGAGAAGUUAAAUCACGGAAAAGAUAUGUGUUGCAGCUUAAUCCAGCCCAAGACUGAAGAGGAGGAUCUCUGAGAGAAAAGGAGUGCAGCUGCUGAAAUAGAUUCUUGCCUUUUGUUCCCUGUCCUAACGAUAUGGAGUCAGCCAUUCAGACAGUUGUAACCACAUUUCUCAGUUCUGCCAGGGGGAGGGAGAACCUAGAUGGGAAAUCCUUCCAGAAACUGGUAAAGAAACAGCUCGGCGGCAUCAUGGAGGAUACAAACAGUUCCUCUGCCAUCAAGGAGAUGCAGCGGGGACUGGAUGAGAACAGCGAUGGAAAGGUCAGCUUCCAGGAAUACCUCACUCUGAUUGGCUACGUGGCCAACUCCCUCAGUCAGAGCAAGUGUGGAUCCAACGCAGACACAUCGUAGAUGCUUGUGUACCUGCAGUGUUUGAUCCAUCAGCAAAUUAACAGCCUUUUUUUUUCUUUUUGCACCUUUUAAGUAUCUUUUCUCAUUUCAAAAUUUUCCAGAGAUCAUGUAUACAUUUUUUUACACAACAGUCCGUAAUAAUUUUCAUUCACUUAAUCCAAUAGUUGUGUAAUGCUCUGAACUACACUUUAAUGUCUGUCCAGA